AUGGCGAGCCCCGCGGCUUCUCGUCCCUCCUCGUCGCCGGGGCCGCUGGGCUGGGCGUCGGCGGCGUCGCUGGCGGUGUGCGCGGCCCAGCUGGGCCUGUGCUGGGUUGUGGGCCGGGGCUUGGGCCGGCGCCACGGGAGCUCGCGGCGGGACGGCUGGGUGCUGAGCUGGCUGUGCUACGACGCCCUCGUCCACUGCAGCCUGGAAGGCCCUUUUGUUUACCUGUCUCUGAGGGGAAGUGUUGCAGAAUCAGACAGCAUAUUUGCAUCUCUGUGGAAAGAAUAUGGCAUAGCAGAUGCAAGGUGGCUACACUCUGAUCCCACUGUUGUCUCACUGGAAAUCCUGACUGUUUUUUUAGAUAGCCUUUUGGCAUUGAUCCUCAUUUACGCUAUUCUCAAACAGAAACAUUACAGGCACUUCAUACAGAUAACAUUGUGUGUUUGUGAAUUGUAUGGUGGAUGGAUGACCUUUUGCCCAGAGUGGCUCACUGGAAGCCCCAGUCUGAACACUACUAACUGGCUUUACCUUUGGGUAUAUCUGGUAUUUUUCAACGGUGUGUGGGUAGUUAUUCCUGGACUUCUGCUGAUGCAGUCUUGGGUAGAGUUGAAGGCGAUGCAUCAUGAGAGAUCAGAAAGGAAAAAACAUCAGUGAUCAAGGCACUGCGAC